AUGGCAUCCUGGCUCCAAAUUCCCAGGAACUCUCCCUUUUCGCUGGCCAACAUCCCGUUCGGCAUCAUCUCGGCGCAGUCUGCAUCAAAAGUUGCCGCAAUCGCUAUCGGUGAUCAUGCGCUGAACCUGAGCGAUUUUGCUUCCUCCGGAGGCUUUUCACAGCUUCCAGCGAUCCAACAGCAUCUGGCAGUUUUCAGCCAGCCAACACUGAACGACUUCGCUGCGCUCGGUCGUCCUGUGCAUCGACAGGUGCGCGAGUACCUACAGAACGUAUUCCGCGCGGACACCCAAUUCCCUCAGAUCCUCAAGGACAAUGCGUCUUUGCAGAAGUCGGCGCUUCUGCCAUUGUCCCAGGUCACCAACCACGUUCCCAUGCAGAUCGGCGACUACACUGAUUUCUACGCCGGUCUGAACCACGCCUAUAACAUUGGAGUCCUCUUCCGCGGUCCGGAUAAUGCUCUCCAGCCUAAUUACAAGCAUCUGCCUGUAGCAUACCACGGCCGUGCCUCUUCGGUGGUUCCUUCAGGCACGUCUUUGCACCGUCCUCAGGGUCAAAUCCUCGCCAACCCAGCCGCCGAUCCCAAAGUCCCUACCUUCUCCCCCUGCAAGAAGCUUGAUAUUGAGUUGGAGCUUGCAUGCUUUAUCAGCAAGCCCAAUGAUCUCGGCAAGCCUGUCCCAAUUGAUGAGGCUGAGGACCACAUUUUCGGUCUGGUGCUCAUGAACGACUGGUCCGCCCGUGAUAUCCAGGCUUGGGAAUACAUCCCCCUGGGUCCCUUCAAUGCCAAGAACUUCGGUACUACUAUCACUCCUUGGGUUGUCUUGAUUGAUGCCCUUGAGCCCUUCCGCGCGGCUGGUCUCGAGCCUGGCAACCGCGAGUCGCUUCUGCCUUACCUGCGCGAGAAGCGUGCUGAAAGUGCUUACGAAAUCCCCCUCGACGUCGAGGUCACGAACCAAGGCGGCCAACCAACCUUGAUUUCCAAGAGCAAUGCCCGUAACCUACUCUAUUCUUUCCCCCAGAUGGUCGCUCACCACACAAUCACGGGUUGCAAUCUGCGCACCGGUGACUUACUCGGAUCCGGCACCAUCUCUGGCACCGAGGCCAAGUCUCAGGGUAGCUUCCUGGAGCAGACCAACGGAAAGACACCCUUGAAGUUGGCUGAUGGUUCCGAGCGCAUGUUCUUGGAGGAUGGUGAUACAGUUACCCUCCGCGGAAUGGCGGGCACUGAGGGUAACUAUGUCGGCUUUGGCGACUGUGUUGGCACCAUCCUGCCUGCUGUCCCUCUGCAGUAA